AUUCCCUCAGGGCGACGGCGGCUAGUGGCGCGGCCUGGCGCGGCGCGGCCGGGGCGGCCGGGGACGCUCGGCUCGGCCCCGCCCCGCGAUGGACCACCGGGACGACGACAGCGGCCUGGGCGCCGUCCAGGACGCCGACGACGCCGACCUGCUGCUCGGCGCGGUCCGCGACCACCACGACUACGCCAAGCGGCGGCGCUCGGGCUCGGACCGUGAGAACAAUGUGGUCUCCGAGCUGGACGAGCUGUCGCUGCCCGUGCCGAAGAAGAGCAAGGCUGUGGCGGGCAGUAAGGGCCUCGGCAAGGGCCGACAGCUGCGGGACCCGGAGGGCGGCACCUACAUCUCGGCGCGGUCGCGGGCUCGGAAAUCUCCGCUGCCCAUGAAGCUCCGCGCGCUGCCCGCGUCCUUCUGGGAGCAGCCCAACCUCAACAAGGGCCCCUCCCCGGGCACCAUCUUCUCCGCGCUGCCGCCGCUGGGGCCCCUCUGCAAGGAGGACGGGGCGGACGGACCGCGAGACGCGCUGCGGGGGGCCAACCCCGCCAGAGGUCCGGGACUCGGCGGCGGCGAACUCGGGAUGCAGGCGGGCAACGGCCUCGUCACGCACUCCCCCGCCGACACGGACCUCCUGUUCAGCCUGUUCCGCUCCGUGGAGCCAAAGACCAACCUGCACAGGCGAACCCGGGGCAGGCCGCGGCGCCCACCCCCAGCGCCGGGCCCGGGCGGAGGGGCGCAGCGCGACGACGACCCCUGCCUGCUGGGCAGCCUCACCAGCACGCUCACCACCUCGCUCUCGCUCGCCUGCGGACACAUCGCGGACGGCCGGGACCGGGGCGUGUCCGCGCUGCGGGGAGGAGCCGCCGCCAUCACCGUCGGCGCGGACAACAACAACUUCGCCCAGAUCCUCUCGGACCUCGUUGUCAAACUGUGAUUUCGACACUGUGACUUAUCUGUUGUUCCUGUACUUACCACUUACGUUAGAAUUUAAAAUAAACCUCGCCAAGUGUAA